AGAGGGACUGCUUUCACUCCCUAGGGGCCCACAGGCCGAGCUGCCUGAGCCCCUCAGGAGCCGGGGUUUUGUGUAUUGGGUGACACUUGGAAAAGUUUAUGCCCUGCUAGGAGACGGGCAAUGCUUCAGGUAUUUCAUCGUCCUUGUGGUUUCCUGGGUAACCCUGAUAAAUGUGCUGCUCACAGUUUUUCUCCUUUUGAAAUGUGGAUAAUAAGACAUUUCCUUGUGAGAGGUGGGGAGAGAAAAAAGGAAGGAGGAGGAGGAGGUACUUUGUGUAAGUCUGUCCCUUUGAUUUGAUCGUGUUUAUCCAUUUCAUUCGCCCAGAUAUUGAGACUUCUGGUACUUCUUGUUGAGCCCUUCAGAUGUUCCUCUCUAUUAAAUACUUGAUCUUUCUAAGAUGCAGAUGUACGAUGCAAGGAUAGCCCAGGUUAGCUAUUUCAUACUCUCUGUGGAGAGACAGAGCUACAUAACUUUGUCAUUUUGAUUUUUCAGUGGUUUGCUGGCAUUUAUUACGGACUGGCCUUUUCAUUUUGUAACAUAUAUUUGACGGAAAAGAUAGGGAAAGAAAAAGAAUGUUAAAGUCAAGAUGAGGCUCAUGCCACAAGUGACAGGCAGUUCCGAGAGUCUGCUGACACUUGUAUUGAGAGACUAUGAUUUUAAAGGAGGCAUUUCUCACCACAUCAGUGUCCAGCACAGAAAAGUAGGAUUGUUGUGGUUUAGAGGGGGCACACCCUCUGAGUUGUGUUAAUACUGAUUCUUCGUUUUCCUUUAAAACUUGCCUUGCAUGUACAUGUGAACAUGCAUGAGAGCAACUGUGCAGUCAGAUAAACAGGAUGCAGCCUAUCAGAUUUGGAGCUUCACAAUCUCUGUGCUUCAGUGUUCAAAGAACCCAAGAAAACGGCUCGUUCUUUUUUGGUUAUACCUAUAAGUUUUUGUAGUAUAAAUGUGGAUAUAUGAUGCUUUGGAAAACUUACUUUUUCCCUUCGAAAUUUAUCAUGGUGUUUCUUACAUUUCAGAAACAUCCUGGAAUACACAUAUACACUGUUUAUGUACAUGGUUGCAUACACAAAUCACAUGUGCACCUGUGUGUAUGAGAGAGACAUCUGGCAGGUUUCAAAGUCGUGUUUGCUUUUUGAUGCAGUUCAAAGUGUUGAUACCACUAAACUAUGUUGGAUUCUGUAGUUGUGCCUUUUAAAUAAUGUCACUAUUUAAAUAAUGUUUUUCUCAUUCUGCCAUAUAUGGUCAGAGACCCUCUCUUGUCGUAUUGCUCAUUUUUGUUCAAGUUGUGUCAGCCAUGCACCAAAUCUCCAAGACAACUAAUAAAGUUGAACAGAGGUACAUGCUAUAUAUGAACUAGGCCACUGCUCCUCAUAGUGAUAAUUUGCAUAAUUUCUUGCUAUUUCAGCUUGACAGAAUCCCUUAAAUAUUUCUGAGUACUGUAUCCUGGCGCAGUACAGCCUCUACUCUUACCUGGAAUGAGUUCUUAGAGAAGUCUGUUCUGGCAUCACAUGUGUGUAUCUUAACCUGUAGAGCAGUUGGAGCCUUUCUUCUUCCUAUCUACCUGUUGACAGUAAUACAGAGAGAGUCAGAUGCAUGAGGAUUCUCAGGCUGCUCUGAGCCUGGCUUUAGGGAAGUACCUAUCCAGCCUGAACACUCCAAUUCAGACAUCUCACACUGACAGAGAGCGUAGGUUCUAAGGUAACCUGAAUUCUUCACAGUAAAAUGGGAGAGCAAUGGGUGAGCUGUUUCCACCCCAAGUCAUGAACCCGUAUCUUCAGUUUGGCAAAAUAUAAAGGAAAGUGAAUUUUCUUCUCUCUCUUUUAAGAGUAGAGGUUAUGACAGCCUAUUUGUUACUGGAGAUUUUUAGGUUUUGCAGUUUGGAAAUAAACACCCCAAAGAUCAUCUCUAUAUCCAUUGAGUCAUUGUCUGUCUCAAAGGGCUAGCAUUGCUUUGUAUUUAUUACGUAGAUUCAGAAGGGCAGGUGUUCUCAUCUCCAGGGCAGUAUAUGUGGCUAUUGCACACAGUGAUCAAUUCUGGCUCCAUGUCCUCCCCUAAGGACGUAAAACAUGUGCUUACAUUGUGACUACCCCUUUUGGGAUGGAUUUCCCUUAACUGUUCUAAAUCCUGUUUCCUUUUCCUAGUCUAACCCCAUUUCUUACCUGGCUGAGUAGUUUGUCUCCUUUCCAAAGGACCUUUUUCUUCCCACAUUGUCCUGUUUUGCCACCCUCAAUGAGGGCAUCCCUGGUGUCCAGGUGAGGACACUUUGUUCUCACCAUCAAUCAGAUAUGCCUUAACCCUUGGGAUGUCUCCCAUGCCCAAAUUUAGUUCCUUUUCUGCACACUUGCUGACUUCAGUGACAGACUGUUCAUUUUGAAUAUUUUCUCCCAGCUAUUUGUUCUGAUUAACAUUGUAAUCCGGAGGACUUUAUCUUAGCUUUUACUUUAAUAUCAGCUUCUUGCUUCUAUCAAAGAGUGAAAUUCAGCUUUGAGCCUGUGAAUGAGCAUCUUAGAACCCAUAAGGAUAGAAUAUUUGUAGCACUUCAAUAAGAGCUUGAAUGGUUUCAGACUUACCUUAAACCUUUAUUAUGGUAGAACUUGUCAUCAUGGAAACCUUUAUUAUGGAAGAACUUGUCAUCAUGGAAACCUUUAUUAUGGUAGAACUUGUCGUCAUGGAAACCUUUUGGUUUGCUACAUUACAUUUGCCAUAUAGUUCAAUGUGAUGCUGGUUUGUUAGUUUGUCCUCUCAAAGAAAAAUAAUUUAAGGUUUUUCUUACAACUCACAGCCCUACUUGUGCGUGUAACUCUUGGGGUUCCUAGGGAAAGAAGCCUACAGACGUACUCUCAGGCCUAGAUUCUCGAAGAUGGCAGAGUACUGAUGAACUGAAAGACUGUCCCUUGUGCUAUGUCCCGAGCAUGGUAUAUUAUGCCCUUCAUUCUUUUUUGUCUUGACCAUGGCAGACAUGAGAUUGUUGGGACACACACUGGCUUUUGUCUACUGUUUUGCUGCAAAGCUUACAUGUUCUAUUGGAAAUAGUUCCUUUUAUAUAUGACUGGUUUUAUCACUUCUCUCUCUUUCCCUCAUUUCCUCAAGGUAGUCUCAAUACAGUCAUUCACCUGCUGCUUUGAGGGACAGAAACCUAGGCUUAAAUGAACAGACUUGUUACACCAAAAUUUCUUGUUUUAGACUGAAGUAAUGGUUGCAAGUUUUCAAGAUUUUCAGUUUCCUAGGUCUGUGGCUAUGUCAUUCAUUGAGGAUCCUCUUACAACUCAGAAUGGAAAUUAGCUGGCCAGCAUUCAUAUCACUGCUUAUGUUUAUAGCAGCUUUUCUUUGCCCAUUGGAUUAAAAACUUUUGGCGGAAACAAAUCAAGCUUCUCUUUUAAUUAUAUUUGCUCUCUGUCACACCUUAAGGAAAGAACUACAAUUGAUUUCUAAAUGUUGCUGCUAGGUUUUGAGUUGGGCCUUAGUUUUGCUGAAGUACAGUCUUGAGAAUCCAGAAGAUGCUUCUGUUUUAACGUCAGUGUUCAGAAAUCUGUUGUUUUCAUUUUGCUUAAGAGAUAAUCUCUCAACCUUGAUGAUGCCUAAAUCAAUAAAACCAUUAUCCAUGCUGAUGGGUAGUUUGUGACUCAGUUUAUCACUUUGAGCAAGUUUCCAAAUGUGUUUUUCUAAGAACCAAAAAAUAAGUUUUGGGGGUUUUUAUUUUGGUAGUUGUUUUUUGCAGAAUUUGCAUUACUCAGCAAUUGCUAUGAGCAGCAGGUACCUUCAGGGAUCUUAAACUAAAUCCUGUAGUUGUCAGGAUGUACUGAAUUUUUUAUGUAUUCGGCAUCUUCCCUUCAGAAACAUCUCUAGUGUUUGAUGAGUUUUUCCUUUGUUUUGCUUAUGAAUGUAUGUCAUGACUAUAAGAGGUAUAGAGAAUCUUCUUCCUUCUUGCCUUGGCAUUCCAGGUGUUAGUAAACUUGUACUCACCGCUUUUACCCAAAUCCCAAUUAACUCCACAUUUAUUAAGUACCUAUUAUGUACUGUGACCUAAUGCUGAAAGCCGUAGGUAUGCUUUCAAUGAAGACAAGUAAAUGAAUAAUUGCAAACCAGGGCAAUCAAGAAGUAUUCACAAGGUACAUACAAGCCAUGGGAGCGGUCAGUGGGUAAGAGAGAGUUUGGUCUCAGGGAGCCAGAAGAGGCUCCCCAUAGAAAAGGUUUUGAAAGAUAUUUUGGUGUUUAUGAAAGUGAAGAACAGGGUCUUUCCAAGGGACAGGAGAAAUGGUGUGUACAAAGGCCUGGUGGCCUUGGCAAUAGAGUCCCAGGAACUAUACAUAGCUUAGUAUUGCAGAAGCAGAGAGUUGGAAGGGGCAGUACUACACAAUGGUUAAGAGAGUCGUUCUGAAGCCCGUUCACCUGGGUUAACAUCUUAGCCCUAUCAUAUUAGUUAUGUUAACUUCUUUGGACUUUAGUUGCUCCAUCUAUAUAAUAGGGAUAGGUAUUUAUCUUAUAGGAUUGUUUAUAGGAUUUGUAAGAUUAAAAUGUAUUCAUACAUGUAAAAUGCUUAAUGCAAUGACUAGCAUAUAAAAACUCAAUAAGUCUUAGCUGUUAAUAUUAUUACUGUCAUUAUAACAUGAAGAUGAGUGAAGCUGGGGUGGUGGAGUGCUGAGACACUUGACAUUUGAAGGAGUUUGGUUUUGAUACUGUGCUGGGGAGACAUAUCUAGCCACAUUGGGGUUUAGGUCUGGGAGUGGGGAUGAGACCUGGAAGCCAAUUAAUAAGUUCUUAGGGUAGUCUAUUUAAAAGAUUUUGCAGGACUAAAGAAUGAAGUGAGACUGUGCCUUUGAGAGAGAUUAAGGAUAUGUAUGACAUUAAUAGAAGGCAAUGGGCCUUUGGCUCUGAGGGAAGAAGGAUUCCAUGAUGGCCCUGGGAUUUUUGAUUCCAGGAACAAGGGAGAGGGAGGAACCACCUGUACUUAAUGAGAGUGAGGCGGGGGAAGAACAUAUAUUGCGCUUGCACCUUUUAUCCCCUAAAGCUCAGUUAAAUCCACAUUUGUUGAGGAACUAUUAUGUACUGAAUACUGUGGGAUACUUAUUCCUUCAUUCAGCCAAUAUCCUGACCCUGUUUCCCAUGCUGGGAUCCCCACUGUGUCAAGGGACACAGUGAUGUUCAAGAUACAGCACUUGGGCCUCACCAAUAAACAGGUGUCUAACUCAGUCAGUUGCCAAAUUGUGGUCAGUGUUCCAAUGGCUAUAAGCAAGAGCUGAGAUGAGAACAUAACCAUGUGGGGUGGUCAUGGGAGUUACUUCCGGUAAUGUGGUCAGAGAAGGUCUUUUGAGAUGCUAAUAUUUAAGGGAGCCCCAAAGGAUGAGAAAGAACAAUUGUGGGAAGAGUUUGGGGAGAGGCAUCUGGGAACAUCAAUGGCACUGAGACCAGAAAGAAAGAGCCCUCUUGGCAGGCCACUCAGUACAUAAAUCCAGGACACUCAGACAGGCUGUACCAAAAUAAUAAACGUGGAACUCACUAUUAAGACCGUCUGAGAAAUACAUCAGAUUAAUACAUGGGAGAAUUAAAGAUACCCCACUUAAGGAGUAGGCAGAAAUGCAGCAAGGUAUGAGGUACAGGAAAGAGACUUAGUGGGGAAAAGUCCCCUAAGAAGGGAGGGGGCCAGGAGGGUGCUCUCCAGGAAAUCCCAGGAGGAAAAUAGUCAACAUGCCCCAGCACUCCACAGAGAGUUGAAGUGAAGGUGUGUGUUAUAUCGGGCAACUGAGAACUCAUGGAUGACUUCGCAGGAACAGGUGCCUCAGGGUGGGGGCGUUACAACCUAGAAAAGAGUGAAGCAAGGACUUGGAGAACAUGGGUGGUGACCACUCUCUGUGGGCAGCUAAAUAUGGCAGCAACACAGCUAUAAUGGCCUAUCCUCUGCACAUUCAUGGCUGGCCCGUCAGCCCUCUUUUCUGAAUCAUAUCCCCUUACUCAUUGUUGCUCACUUUGUUGUCUGCUUCAUUUCCCAAAUUGGCAAUGACAGUUUCUUUUUCACCUCCCUCUGGAAGCUCAAAUUUCUUCCGUAGCCUUAUGACUGUUCCUUUCUGACAUGUUUGUGAUGGCUGGAGUUUCUCUUGCUGUAAAGCCCUGACUGGGUGUCUCUGGUUCACACACACCACCUGUUGCUCUCCUGAUCCCCUGGUAGUCUAGUCACAGGAGACUGAAGCCUGGCCCCACUUGUUGCUCCUCUCCUCCUCUCCACACCUGACCUGCAGGCUCUGCCCCUCCCUGAGUCCCCACGCCCAUUUCCUCCCACUCCUUGCUUUGCCCAGGCCUGUUUCAUAGCUGCUUCCUUUCAUCCUUGUACUUUGUUUGUGCUCCUGACUGUGUCUUCUGCAGGCAGGACAGGCUUACAAAUUGUGCAGGGCUCACCCUGUUAGUCCUUCUCUCAUUUCUGCUUAGCUCUCAUGUUGCUAAUAUUCCAUGACACUGUCCAGCAACCUGGGCUGCCCUUGCUCCUGACCACCCCUCCCAAGCCUGGUCGGGGAUACCCCUAGAGCAGAGGAGAAAACUGAGUUCCAAGCCCAGAGCUGCCAGCAGCUGAAUGGCUUCUGUUGAGAGCCUGGCUGUCCCAACCAUGGCAGCAUUCUUCAGAUUCUGGGCAUCUAAGUCUUACCAGAUACAAAGGAUGGGAGCAGAAAUAUGCACAGAUCAAAAAUGUUGCUUUUAGCUUCUAGUGUGAAACUUACAGUAGGAGAUCACAGACUGUUUUGCCCCUGGAAUAUGUAGGGGUUUUUGUGAGACAAGAGGGAGGGAGGAAGUGAGGAAAGGAGUGAGAGAGAGAAGGGGAGAGAGAAAUGUGUGAGUGCAAAAAGUAGAUUUCAAAAGGAAUUCAUUAAAAAUAAAACAUGAGAAUUAUGGAGCAUAUGUUGCAUGGUGAGGCAUGGACUAUUCAUUGCUAGUGUGUGUGUCUUCACUCUCAAGUCAAUGGUGGGAGUAGUAUAUUGAUAAAUGUACAGUGACGGGUAGAACAUUAUAUUCUUUAAUGGUUUUGCUUGCUUCUCUUUACGCAUCUAUACUAUUAUCAGAAGCUCAAUACCUUUAAACAGGAAUCAUAAGCUUCAAGAUAGAGACCAUUUGCCUUCUGGGUUAAAGAUUGACAGGUGUUGGGGUCAAGGAAUCAUUUGAGUUCCUGUGUGGAGAUGGCCCAUAGAAGAGGAAGCUUGAAGUAGGACUCAAUCUGAAUAAUUUGGGAAAGUCCUCCUUCUGUUGGUUGAAAUGAAAAUAGCUGGUCUCUCACAGAGAGGGAAACUGGAGGCCCUGGACCUCAGCCUCACCCUCCAUACACACCCAUCUCUAGUGUGAGUAAGCAUGCACAAAGCUAUGUUAAUCUGAGUUGUCUUCACUACCUGUAACUAGUCAUUUGGGAGUGACGUCAUGGUAACUGAGUAAUCCUUUUGAAAGUUAAAUAGUAGAGUCGAGAUGUUAGAAUGGUCCUGGGGCUACCUGGAUGAAAGUAGACACAAAGUGUGCAUAAAAUCGUCUACUAAAAGUAGAGUCAAUAUCUGUCGGUAGGAUCUUGGUUUUUUUGAUAUGUGGCACAUUUUGUGUGCCAGAUCUCUAAAUAAAAGUUUAUACAUUUGUUAAAAUUUGUAGUUCUGGUACUCUCCUAAUUUCCAGGCAGAUAGAAGAAAAGAAAGGAAAAAAUUCCGCUAGGAACAUGGUUGUAAAUUCUGAAAAUGUUGACCUUAAACCUUAAUAGAGUAAAAGACCUGUGGGAAUUUUAGCUACAUUAAUGUCUACUGGACAUGCCUAUUUGAGAAGGUAAUUAUACUAAUCUCACAACUGACAUGUCAUGUUGUUUUGUUUUAAAGAAAGAAAACAUAGCAGAGAAUUUAGGCUUUGAUCAGUACUCGAAGGUAAAAUAGAUUGGCAAGAAGAAUAGGUAGUCAUUAAUGUAUAUCUCUUAUCUAAGCACCCCAUUGCUUACUUUAUUAUAGAAUCCUGGGAAUUUUUACAUUCUGCUUUUUGGUCCUACAUUUAUCAGUGACUAUGAUUUUGUCAGAGUUUGGGGGCUCUUAGCAAACUGUAAUUGCAGAUGCUAGUACAAAGAAAAUGCAGCUCCUGACAUCUGGUAAGCCUACCACCAUUUGUAUUCUGAAGUUCUUGAAUAAGCUUGUAGCUGUUCAAAGUAAGUACCGGCCCCCUGUGCUCCUGGAAAGUUUCUAACCUGACACGGAAGUUCAAGUGGCAGUAUCUUUUGGAGGAAAUAUGUUAGAUUCUGAGUGAAUCACAUGGGUGGAGGGAGUGAGAAACUGAAGAUUGGUGAAAUUUGCUGAGGUCUCCUAGGGUCAUAGAAUUAGAAGGGGAAGAAAGCUGAUGGAUUUACCAGGUCCAUUUUGCCAUAUAAGUAUUUGUUGAAGCUGUCUUUAGUAUGCUUUAUUCUAUCUAAUUUUAAAUGUUACAGUAUAUGUUUAUGUCUCAGACUUUACUGUGUUUCUUCCUUAAGCGUCAUUAUUAGAAUAUUAUCUAGUGAUUGACAAAUUUCGCAGCUAUGAAAUUUGUAGAAAAUCACUGAACCCAUAGCUUACAUAAAAAAUCACUUAUGCAUCUUUCACAUUAAUGUAUUCUAAAAUGCAAUAUGAUGGAUAUGUUUAAAUUGGGAAUUAUAAUAAAUAAAUGUUUUACUUUUAUAGAUGUAUGCAGGGGUUCAGAGAAAAAAAAUUAUGUUUGGCAUGGGAAAAACUCCCAGCUGAAUAAAACACUCGAGGAAAUAUGGUAAAUGAAGCCUUUGUUACUCUAAAACAAUAGCGAUUAAGUGGCUAUUAUGUAAUGUUAUUUCUUAUGUCUGAUUUGAGUGGAUUGUUGAUCUUGGAACUUGAGAUAUAAUUCCUGUAAAAAUAUUACUUUCACUUGGCUAAUCUCAAGACUUUUGAUACCAAAAUCAAAGACUUUUUCAAAUAGAUUACCUAGAUCAGGAACUAAGCUCUGGAGGUACUGAAGCUAUGUCAGAUUUUUUUCCCACGUAAAGACUGAUUUUAUGUACUUGCUAUUCCCCAUCCUAGUACCCAUCCAGAUAAAUACAAGUAAUUUGCUAACCCCAAAACUGGUUGAUUGUAAAAUUAACCUAGGCUUGCUCAGCCACUGCAAAGGGCAGACAUGCAGCAAAACGACUGAUAGGCACAUCAACUGCCUUGGCAAGUUGAAUGGAUGAUUCUAAGUUUGCAUUUCCAUAGUAGGUCCCCAAACAGAAGGAUUUCUCAUCUUUGAUCUCAAAUGGCCUUAGUGACCAGUGGAGCUAAACAGAUGUGGGAUAGUUUAGGUGGUUUAGGUAGUAGUUUUUGUUACAGAUUCUGUAAAAUAAGACUCUAAGCUUAUGAAUCCUAAUUUCCUAUAUGUUUUAGGAUUUGAUGUCUGGGGUUACAUAUUUGAACCAUAGAAUAAAAGUUGCUAUAUUUUUACUGUGUGACCUCUAAAAUUUAUAUGUAGCAUUCUUUCUCAGUAGAUGCCUUCUCUCCUGUGUAGUUCAGGCCAGUUAGCCUCUGAAAUCAAGGAUUUUUUAAGCUGAAAACUCAAUAGUGGUUUUCUUAACAUUGGAAUCCAGGCUUAAGAUCAGAGACCUGCUCUCUUCAGUCCAGUUGUUGGAUCUUAGUGCUUUUAAUGCUAUUUUACCAACAUAGCCAUGGGCAAAAUGCCAUUUUAGCAGAUAGACUUCAUUUUUCUGUAACAUUGUGAUUGAUUAUGUAUUACUUGAUGGCUUCCUAUAAAGGAAGCUCUUUAAUCAAGAGCAAUUGUGGUUUUUCUUACCUUUUGAGAUUUAACCUUACAAUUAGUCUACCGUCUCACAUCAGACCUAGGGUGUUUUGGGGGUCUAAAGGUACAGAUAUUGAACUGGUUAGAUAUUAAUAUGAUACACCUUUUUGAUACCAUUUCUAGGAUAUAGAAACAUUCCAUGGAAUGGGUCCUAGGUUGAAAAUCCAUGAGGGAAAAGGGUUCUGACUCUUGGCACUGAUAAACACAUUCAGAAAUGUUGUAUUCAAGCCAGAAUAAAUAUAUAUACCCUUUAUACUUUUUUUCAGUUAGCAGAAGUUACAUCUAAACACUUAUUUUGGCAUUAAGGAAGCUCGUCAUGACCUAUUGUUCCAGAAAGAUUAUAGUCUUCGUUUUAAGCCAGUUCUUUAGUUCCCAUGCAAGUGGCAUGCCCAGCCUGGAGCUGAAGAAACAACCCCUGCUUUUCAGACCUUCUAUUCUUAUAGGUGUGUCCAGCAGGCAGUGGCUUGUAGCUGUUCCUUCAGCCACUUAACAGGUUUGAUUUCAAAGCUUUUUAAUAGAGAAACUAACAUGUUUGGAGGGGAUUCAUGGCCCAACAUUUAUGGAUUUUGUUGGGAAGUCUCAGUUGCCGAACAAGCAACCGGAAAAGCUUGAUAGGCAAUGGGCAGUCACCAGCAUUGCCUCGACCACACUCACCUCUCUCUGCUCAUGCAGGAAAUAGCCCCCAAGAUAGUCCAAGAAAUUUCUCCCCCAGUGCCUCAGCCCAUUUUUCAUUUGCACGGAGGACUGAUGGACGCCGCUGGUCAUUGGCUUCUCUCCCUUCCUCUGGCUAUGGGACAAACACACCCAGCUCUACGGUCUCUUCAUCCUGUUCCUCCCAGGAGAAGUUGCACCAGUUACCAUACCAACCAACGCCGGAUGAGUUACACUUCUUAUCGAAACAUUUCUGUACCACUGAAAGCAUCGCCACUGACAACAGAUGCAGGAACACGCCGAUGCGCCCCCGUUCCCGAAGUCUGAGCCCUGGACGUUCACCCGCCUGCUGUGACCAUGAAAUAAUUAUGAUGAACCAUGUCUACAAAGAAAGGUUCCCAAAGGCUACUGCUCAGAUGGAAGAACGUCUAAGGGAAAUUAUCACCAGCUACUCUCCUGACAAUGUUCUACCCCUAGCAGAUGGAGUGCUUAGUUUCACUCACCACCAGAUUAUUGAACUGGCUCGAGAUUGCUUGGAUAAAUCCCACCAGGGCCUCAUCACCUCACGAUACUUCUUUGAAUUACAGCACAAAUUAGAUAAGUUGCUACAGGAGGCUCAUGAUCGUUCAGAAAGUGGAGAGUUGGCAUUUAUUAAACAACUAGUUCGAAAGAUCCUAAUUGUUAUUGCCCGCCCUGCUCGGUUACUAGAGUGCCUGGAGUUUGAUCCGGAAGAAUUUUACUACCUAUUGGAAGCAGCAGAAGGCCAUGCCAAAGAAGGACAGGGUAUUAAAACUGACAUUCCCAGGUACAUCAUUAGCCAACUAGGACUCAAUAAGGAUCCCUUGGAAGAAAUGGCUCAGUUGGGAAACUACGAUAGUGGGACAGCAGAAACACCAGAAACAGAUGAAUCAGUGAGUAGCUCUAAUGCCUCCCUGAAACUUCGAAGAAAACCUCGGGAAAGUGAUUUUGAAACGAUUAAACUGAUUAGCAAUGGAGCCUAUGGGGCAGUCUACUUUGUUCGGCAUAAAGAAUCCCGGCAGAGGUUUGCCAUGAAGAAGAUUAAUAAACAGAACCUAAUCCUUCGAAACCAGAUCCAGCAGGCCUUUGUGGAACGAGAUAUCCUGACUUUCGCAGAAAACCCCUUUGUUGUCAGCAUGUAUUGCUCCUUUGAAACAAGGCGCCACCUUUGCAUGGUCAUGGAGUAUGUGGAAGGGGGAGACUGUGCUACUUUAAUGAAAAACAUGGGUCCUCUCCCUGUUGAUAUGGCCAGAAUGUACUUUGCUGAGACAGUCUUGGCCUUGGAAUAUUUACAUAAUUAUGGAAUCGUACACAGGGAUUUGAAACCAGACAACUUGUUGGUUACCUCCAUGGGGCACAUAAAGCUGACAGAUUUUGGAUUAUCUAAGGUGGGACUAAUGAGCAUGACUACCAAUCUUUAUGAGGGUCAUAUUGAGAAGGAUGCUCGAGAGUUCCUGGAUAAACAGGUCUGUGGCACACCUGAAUACAUUGCACCAGAAGUGAUUCUGAGGCAGGGUUAUGGAAAGCCGGUGGACUGGUGGGCCAUGGGGAUUAUCCUCUAUGAAUUUCUGGUUGGAUGCGUGCCAUUCUUUGGGGAUACUCCAGAAGAGCUAUUUGGACAAGUCAUCAGUGAUGAGAUCAACUGGCCUGAGAAGGAUGAGGCACCCCCACCUGAUGCCCAGGAUCUGAUCACCUUACUCCUCAGGCAGAAUCCCCUGGAGAGGCUGGGAACAGGUGGUGCAUAUGAGGUCAAACAGCAUCGGUUCUUCCGUUCUUUAGACUGGAACAGUUUGCUGAGACAGAAGGCAGAAUUUAUUCCCCAACUGGAAUCUGAGGAUGACACAAGUUAUUUUGAUACUCGGUCUGAGAAGUAUCAUCAUAUGGAAACGGAAGAAGAAGAUGACACAAACGAUGAAGACUUUAAUGUGGAAAUAAGGCAGUUCUCUUCAUGUUCACAUAGGUUUUCAAAAGUUUUCAGCAGUAUAGAUCGAAUCACUCAGAAUUCAGCAGAAGAGAAGGAAGACUCUGGGGACAAAACCAAAAGCACAACCCUGCCAUCCACAGAAACACUGAGCUGGAGUUCAGAAUAUUCUGAAAUGCAACAGCUAUCAACAUCCAACUCUUCGGAUACUGAAAGCAACAGACAUAAACUCAGUUCUGGCCUACUUCCCAAACUGGCUAUUUCAACAGAGGGAGAACAAGAUGAAGCUGCCUCCUGCCCUGGAGACCCCCAUGAGGAGCCAGGAAAGCCAGCCCUUCCUCCUGAAGAGUGUGCCCAGGAGGAGCCUGAGGUCACCACCCCAGCCAGCACCAUCAGCAGCUCCACCCUGUCAGUUGGCAGUUUUUCAGAGCACUUGGAUCAGAUAAAUGGACGAAGCGAGUGUGUGGACAGUACAGAUAAUUCUUCAAAGCCAUCCAGUGAACCCACUUCUCACAUGGCUCGGCAGCGAUUAGAAAGCACAGAAAAAAAGAAAAUCUCGGGGAAAGUCACAAAGUCCCUCUCUGCCAGUGCUCUAUCCCUCAUGAUCCCAGGAGAUAUGUUUGCUGUUUCCCCUCUGGGAAGUCCAAUGUCUCCCCAUUCCCUGUCCUCGGACCCUUCUUCUUCACGAGAUUCCUCUCCAAGCCGAGAUUCCUCAGCAGCUUCUUCCAGUCCACAUCAGCCGAUUGUGAUCCAUAGUUCAGGGAAGAACUAUGGCUUUGCCAUCCGAGCCAUCCGGGUGUAUGUGGGAGACAGCGACAUCUAUACAGUGCACCAUAUCGUUUGGAACGUAGAAGAAGGAAGUCCAGCAUGCCAAUUAGGACUGAAGGCUGGAGAUCUUAUCACACACAUCAAUGGAGAACCGGUGCAUGGACUUGUCCACACAGAAGUUAUAGAGCUCCUACUGAAGAGUGGGAAUAAGGUGUCAAUCACUACUACCCCAUUUGAAAACACAUCAAUCAAAACUGGACCAGCCAGGAGAAACAGCUAUAAGAGCCGGAUGGUUAGGCGGAGCAAGAAAUCCAAGAAGAAAGAAAGUCUCGAAAGGAGGAGAUCUCUUUUCAAAAAGCUAGCCAAGCAGCCUUCUCCUUUACUCCACACCAGCCGAAGUUUCUCCUGUUUGAACAGAUCCCUGUCGUCGGGCGAGAGCCUCCCAGGUUCCCCCACUCAUAGCUUGUCUCCCCGGUCUCCAACGCCAAGCUACCGCUCCACCCCCGACUUCCCAUCUGGUACUAAUUCCUCCCAGAGCAGCUCUCCGGGUUCUAGUGCCCCCAAUUCCCCAGCGGGGUCCGGGCAUAUCCGGCCUAGCACCCUCCACGGUCUGGCACCCAAACUCAGCGGGCAGCGGUACCGGUCUGGGAGGCGAAAGUCGGCUGGCAACAUCCCGCUGUCCCCACUGGCCCGGACGCCUUCUCCAACCCCGCAACCCACCUCCCCUCAGCGGUCACCGUCCCCUCUUCUGGGACACUCACUGGGCAAUUCCAAGAUCGCCCAAGCCUUUCCCAGCAAGAUGCACUCCCCGCCCACCAUCGUCAGACACAUCGUGAGACCCAAGAGCGCAGAGCCCCCCAGGUCCCCACUGCUCAAGCGUGUGCAGUCCGAGGAGAAGCUGUCGCCCUCCUACAGCAGUGACAAGAAGCACCUGUGCUCCCGCAAGCACAGCCUGGAGGUUACCCAGGAGGAGGUGCAGCGGGAGCAGUCCCAGCGCGAGGUGCCACUGCAGAGCCUGGACGAGAACGUGUGCGAUGCGCCGCCGCUCAGCCGCGCCCGCCCGGUGGAGCAAGGCUGCCUGAAACGCCCGGUCUCCCGGAAGCUGGGCCGCCAGGAGUCAGUAGAUGACCUGGACCGCGACAAGCUGAAGGCCAAGGUGGUGGUGAAGAAACCAGAUGGCUUCCCAGAGAAACCGGAAUCCCACCAGAAAUCCCACGGACCCGGGAGUGAUUUGGAAAACCUAGCUCUGUUUAAGCUGGAAGAAAGAGAGAAGAAAAUCUAUCCAAAGGCUGUGGAGAGGUCAAGUCCUUUUGAAAACAAAGUGGCCCUGCAGGAAACGCCACCGCUGGGCAGCCUGCUGAAGGAUGCUCUUCACAAGCAGGCCAGCGUGCGCGCCAGCGAGGGUGCCACCUCCGAUGGCCCAGCCUCUGCAGAGCACAGCCAGGGUGGCGGGGACUUCAGACGGGCCCCUGCUCCUGGCACCCUCCAGGAUGGUCUCUGCCACUCCCUCGACAGGGGCAUGACCGGCAAGGGGGAAGGCACAGAGAAGGAGCUUCUCCGAUGUGAGAAGUUAGACAGCAAGCUGGCCAACAUCGAUUACCUGCGAAAGAAAAUGUCACUGGAGGACAAAGAGGACAAUCUCUGCCCUGUGCUGAAGCCCAAGAUGACAGCUAGCACCCACGAAUGCCUGCCAGGGAACCAAGUCCGACCCAUGGGUGGGCCGCAGGAGCCCCCACCAGCCUCUGAGAGCCGAGCUUUUGUCAGCAGCACUCAUGCAGCUCAGAUGAGCACCGUUUCUUUUGUUCCCCUCAAGGCCUUAACUGGCCGGGUGGACAGUGGAGCAGAGAAGCCUGGCCUGGUUGCUCCUGAGUCCCCUGUUAGGAAGAGCCCCUCCGAGUAUAAGCUGGAAGGGAGGACUGUCUCAUGCCUCAAGCCGAUUGAGGGCACUCUGGACAUUGCUCUCCUGUCUGGACCUCAGGCCUCCAAGACAGAACUGCCUUCCCCGGAGUCUGUACAGAGCCCCAGUCCAGGUGGUGACGUGGGGCCCUCUGUGCCACCAGCUCUCCCCAGCGGCAGUGGGAAAAAGAGUGAAACUGCCAGUGCAAGAGAGCUUUCUCCUGCCGGUUUAAAGAUGAAUAAAUCCUACCUGCUUGAGCCUCGGUUCCUGCCCCCCAGCCGCAGUCUCCAGAAUUCACCAGCAGUUUCCCUGCCCUGCCCAGAGUUAAAGAGGGACAGGAAAGGUCCCCAUCCUACUGCCAGGAGCCCUGCAACUGUCGUGGAAAGCAAUCCCCAACAGAGAGAGGGAAGUUCCCCCAAACACCAAGACCAUACCACGGACCCCAAGCUUCUAACUGGCCUGGGGCAGAACCUGCAUGCUGACCUGGCCAGGCCCCGUGGCCCACUCCCACCGGAAGUUUCCCCCUCAAGGGAGAAGCCAGGCCUGAGGGAAUCUGCUGAAAGAGGCCCUUCCACAGCCAGAAGUGAGCGGUCUGCCUCGAGGGCUGACAUAUGCAGAGACCCCUGCAUGCAGCUGUGCUCUCCAGAAACUGCUAAAACCAGUGACAACUCCAAAAAUCUCCCCUCUGUGGGAGGGACCCACCCACAUUUCUACACACAGACACAGGCCAUGGAGAAAGCAUGGGCUCCGGCUGGGAAAACGAACCACAAAGAUGGUCCAGAUGAGGCAAGGCCCCCGUGCAGAGAUGACUCCUCUCUACACUUGGCUGGAACUCCCUGUGAGAGGGAGCUGGGCAAGGGGAGGCAUGGCGUGGAAACCAAGCCUGACGUCCCUCCUGCCAGGCGGUCUCUGCAGCCACCUGGAAUUGAGAGUGGGAAGAGUGAAAAACUCUCCAGUUUCCCAUCUGUGCAGAAAGAUGGUGCCAAGGAACCUGAAAGGAAGGAGCAGCCUCUGCAAAGGCAUCCCAACAGUAUCCCUCCACCCCCUCUGACGGCCAAAGACUUGCCCAGCCCCGCUGCCAGGCAGCCUUGCAAUUCCCCGAGCCACGCCUCUGGCAGAGGGCCAGGGGCGAAGCCCAGCGCCCCAGAGCCCAGCCCGAGCCCCCAGGACCCUCCCAAGCCCGUUGCUGCACACAGUGAAAACAGCAGCCACAAGCCGCGGCCUGGCCCUGACCCAAGUCCUCCAAAAUCUAAGCACCCUGACCGAUCCCUCUCCUCGCAGAAACCAAGUGUUGGGGCCACCAAGGGCCAGGAGCCUGCCAUUCAGUCCGUCGGUGGCUCUAGCAGAGAGGGGAAGGGCCACAGUAGGAGUGGGCCGGAUGUGUUUCCCGCUACCCCAGGCUCCCAGAACAAAGCCAGCGGUGAGGUCGGCCAGGGAGAAAGUGGGCCCUCUGUCCGUCUGCACACUGACGGGGGUCCUCUAGACAGCAAGCCACAACCCGCCAGUGGUGGGCGGCCCCUGGAGGUGUCGGAGAAGCCCAUGCAUUUGCCAAGGCCGGGACACCCAGGACCCAGUGAGCCAGCGGACCAGAAACUGACCAGUGUCGGUGAAAAGCAAACCCUGUCUCCAAAGCACCCCAAACCAUCCACUGUGAAAGAUUGCCCGGCGCUGUGCAGGCAGACAGACAAAAGCCCGAGUCAGCCGGCCGCCACCACCGACAGGAGGGCGGAAAGGAAGAAAUGCACCGAAGCACUUUAUGCUCCAGCGGACGGCGACACGCUCGAGGCCAGCCUUGCCUUUGCGCACGGCGAGGCCCGGCUGAAAGGCGCAGAGCGGCCAGCCGCGGGGGUGGGGAAGGGUUUCCCGGAGGCCAGAGGGAAAGGGCCCGGUCCCCAGAAGCCGCCGGCGGAGGCAGACAAGCCCAGCAGCGUGAAACGGUCCCCCUCAGCCACUGGGCAGAGUUCUUUGCGAUCCAUGGCCCUCCCGGAAAAGCCUCUGAACUGCUCCUCCAGCUUCCCUGAAACCAGGCCGGGAGUUCGAGAGGCCUCUACAGCCUGCAGCGACACCUCUUCUGACAAGGCCGCCGGGGGCGCGCCGGAGCCCCCAGCCUCCAGCAACAGGAACCAUAGGAAGGCUCAGCCUGCAGGGGAGGGCCGAACCCACAUGACAAAGAGCGACUCCCUGCCCUGCUUCCGGGUCUCCACCCUGGCUCUGGAGUCACACCACCCCGACCCAAACACCAUGGGCGGAGCCAGCCACCGGGACAGGGCUCUCUCGGUGACUGCCACCGUAGGGGAAACCAGAGGGAAGGACCCUGCCCCAGCCCAGCUUCCCACAACGAGGAAACAGAACGUGGGCAGAGAUGUGACCAAGCCAUCCCCAGCCCCAAACACGGACCGCCCCAUCUCCCUUUCUAAUGAAAAGGACUUUGUGGUACGGCAGAGGCGGGGGAAAGAGAGUUUGCGUAGCAGCCCUCACAAAAAGGCCUUGUAAGGGGCGGGCCCCGGGCAGGACUGUGGAGACCCGUCCUGAAUGGGCGACUGUGUCUUGACUACCUUUCGAAACCAGCACUGUGUGGGAAUGUCCGCCAGGCAGAGCUCAGAGCCUCAUUGAGAAAGGGGAGAGAGAAAGACAAAGAGGGGCCCUUCUUCCAGAUGCCUUCCCAGUUGUAACCGGUAAAUCUGUUACCAGAUAGUGUUUGUACAAAAAACAAAAACAAAAAAAUUACCUUUACAGUUGAGGGUUGCUGAGGAGAAAGAUUCUCUCUGUAAAUAUAUAGCACCGUGUUUGGUUUGGGAUGUAGAGUCUAUACCUGGCUGCUGAUUGAGUCGUUUACUACAGCUUUUUUUAAAUAAGAUUUUUGCUUUACCAUUUAUCAUAAUGUAGUAAUGAAGCAAAAUGGUCAAAAUUGGGUGUGUGUGAACAGAGAUAAUCCAUAUUCGUGUAUAUACACAUCCACCUACAUGUUUUGGUCUGUGGUUUAAGAGAAUAUUUCAAGUUUCCAUUUUUAUAAGCUAAAACAUCUGAAGUAAAGAUGGAAGAAAGCCCUAAACACAGUAGAUUGAGUUUUUAUGUGUGUUUUAACCAGAGUUUCUGAUAGUACUGUAUCUGGCUACCUUUAUUUCCAGAUCUAAAGCAAGAACUACUCUACUGCAUUUGAAAUCCUCCUCCAUUAGGAAUGGCCAGGACAAAUGGAACUAGCCAGUUUCCUUCCACAGCCAUCCCAAUGGACACUUGAUCCCUGGUCCAACUAUCUAAAAGGCCAGUUGGUCUUACCUGUGGAUGUGUAUGUCUGGUCUUCACCUGAGGUAGAGUGGGGACAAUAAACACACAUCAACUUUCUUUUGAUUUUCUUUCUUUUCCUGCUUUUCAAACUCUUAAACUCAGGCCUUUAUGCUGUGAGUGACUAGUCCAAGAAGCACACAUUUUGUAGUAGUCCUGCACCAGCCCUGCUCUUGAAUAAAAAGGAAAAUUACUGGCUGCACCCAAAUCUUCUAGUACUUAAGUCAGGAAAUGAGCAUCAGGCAUUGGAAGAGGUUUUAAAUUUGCUUUUUAGAGGAAAAGAACUGGGGGUGGAUUUUGGCAUCGUAGCAUACAUAUUAAUAAGGAAUAAUCAGGACAUUAGAUACAUUUUAAUACAUAGCUGGGGCCUUAUGUUGUAGAUGAAGCUUGCUGUUUUUAGCAAGUUCCUGGGUUUCACAUUCAUUUCUGAUGCAUCUAGUAGCUCCAUACAUUUCAUAACCUGAUCUCUUUAUUUGUAUGCCAAAAAUACUGUCUUAAUAAAGAGCAGCAUUUUUGUAACAAAGAGACUCAUUGGAGCUAUUUGGUGCUUGAAUGUGACCAUCCUUUUUACUUUUGCUAAGCCUUAUUUAAAUUUUGUAUACCGUGGAAUAUGUAGAAUUUGUCAAAUCAUUUUAGUGCCGAAGGUUUUGGAUUUUUUGUUUCCAUUUUUGUUGUUGCAGUUUCUUUUUUUGGUGGCUUGUUUUGUGUUGUAAGAUGGCACUUGCUGAUGUAAGUACUAAGGCACUAAGAGAAAAUACAGAUAAGUAUUUAUAAGAUGCUUGGGAACCAUAGCAGAAUUUUUUUUUGUUCUGUAAGAGAAAAAAAAUCACCAAUAAAUAACUAAUCUAGCACCCAGACUCCCUUGGGGAUGUCUUAGUAUCUUCAGGCUAUAAAAUUGUUCAUCUAAACACAGCAUCAUCUGAUGGCCGUAUGGAUUGUAAAUCUUCUAGUAAAGCUGUAAACUCCACUCUGAAAACAAAGGCAUAAUUUAACCGGCUGCUCAGUUGUCCUUCAUUAUAAAAUGAGUUGGCAUUGGCAAAAUGGAAAAAAAAAAGAAAAAGAAAAGCCUCCUCCUUACCCCUAAUUUUUUUCCAUAUGGUUUUAGCCAUUCCCCAUGACUACAUUGUGAAGCUGUUAAAAACAGAAAUAUUUUACAAGAGCUUAAAUGGGUUUCAAAACUGGUCUCAACGUUUAUAAUACAUAUCUGUGUUUGGCAGUUGUCAUAACUCAGUCCUUCUACAUUCAGCCAUUGGGACAGGUCUAUCGGGGAGGUAGUUCAUGGUUUACAAGCCUUUGCUUUUUAACUGUCCAAUUUCCUUUAAAGCACAACUAGCUAUUUGUUUACAAAUGAUAUUUUUAUGUAUAUUUUGUAUAGUGUAUCAUCAUUUUUGCCAAAUAUGUUUUUCAUUAUGAAUGAGUAAAGAGUACUUAAGGUUGCAUUCAUGUAUUACCUGUUCGUUGUCGUAAACCUCUCCAAUCAGCUGGUAGAAAUUCUCCUCAUUGUGUUCUAUUUGGUCAGUCUCUGUGUGAUUGUAGGAUGUGCUCCUUGGUAGUACUCCCAGCUGUAGAUUUACCAGCUUAAAAGUUUGUUAGGAUCUGUGCAAUAAAGUGUUUGCAGUCUUAUUUUCUCUAAGAAAUUCCUUAUGGAUGUCAUAAUUGUUGUAUAUUGAACAAAAUAUUUAUACUUAUGCAGUUGCAUAACAUUGAAAUAAAAAUUUAGCAUGAAA